AUGUCUGGAGUCGAAUCGCUAAAGGACGUGGCAUUGCGCCCAUGGCCAGCGAACAAGAAGGAUGAGCUGAGCAGGGACGCCUUGUUACAGCAGAUUGAGCAGCUCACGACCGAGCGCGGCCACCUACGCGACAUAACGGAGAAGUCGCUGCAGGCUGACAUCGAGGCCGGGAAAGACGUUCCAGACGACGCAGAAGAGGGCUCCGAGGACGAGGAGGAAGAGAAGGACGUGCCGUCCAGGAAAGAGAAAAUGGACGAGAUAUUCAAGAUGCAGAUGGAGAUGGCUGGCCACUUGGACUGGGCCAGGUUUGCGGCCACCAAUGCACUCGAUCUCAUCUCUCUCGUUCUGUCGGCCGACCCCAACAAGCGCGCACCCACGUCCUUCAGCCAUACUUUCCGUGAGGCUGGUCUCAACCAGGGGCUUCCCUUUGCAUCGAUGGGUGUUGCGAGAGAAAAUCACGAGCAGCAUCACUACAAACAGGAGGAGUUGGACCGAAAAGAAGAGCUGCACAGAAGGCAGGAUCUUGUCUCGAAAGCUGCAAGGAUGGAAGCACUCGAUGCUGCCACAGAUGAGAUACUGAAGGCGGCGAAGAGCCUGGAGAAGGAAGUUCGUAGAGAGACAAAGUACUGGCAAGAAAUCGUGUCAAUCUCGGACAAGGGUUGGCCUAUUCAGCGCCUCCGUCAGAACGCGCGCCACGUACCCUUUGGCGUCCGCUAUGGGCUCCCGGAGGCCAGCGACCAUUUCAAAGCUCGUGGCUUCGCACCCCUGCGCAUGGCCAAGGACGGCAGUAUCGUUCUCGACCCGAACCUUUCCCUGAGGCCGAAGACACUACGCGUGAGAAUCAGCGAGGGUGGGAACAUCACCGGCUCGUCGCAGCUUCCCGUGGAAAGCGCAGGAGAAGGGUUGGCAGUCGAGAAAUCAAUACGGCUUGCACGAGACUCACUGCUUGAGGAAGAGCUAUAUCACGAGAUGAGCCUAGAGACAAGACAGCUGCUGCCGUAUGGCGUCCAACUGCGUGGUUCUGUCAUCUCUGUAGAUGAGCCUGGAGACAACGCUUUCGCAAACCGACGGCUCCUCAUCGACUGCAUACCACGAGACGACAGAAAUUCGGAUAAUGAAGAGCAUACAAACGACUGGCUGGCUCACAACGUGGCUGAAGCCUUGCGUCUUCUGUUGACCCACGAGCAUAGCAUGCGUCUCUACCGCAGGACUCAACUACCACCGCCGUUGACAGCACGAAAACAAGAGAAGAAGUCGCCCCCACUCUUACGCACGUUGCUUGCAAUGCUGCACCAUUUGCAAAGUGUGGACGCGUUGUUCACCUACCUUGACACCGUCUCAAGUACGCUGAGAAGCGCUGGUCUCGAGACAUCGCUGACAACAAGUCGUGAGGAGUCCUGGAUCAAGCUCCGCGAAAGCCUAGGAAAGUCGGCUAAGAAGGACCUCUCUGCGACCGACCAGCUCUUGGACAUCUUCACCAAGCCAUUCAACGGCAAAGCCACUCUGACUCUGCCUUGGAGCCAAGGCUCGCAAACGGAGCAGCUGACCAUUGCGAUACGCACCGUCAUUGGUGCGCCAACUUUCGGUACCGAGUACAAGCUCACGCUGCCAUCCUCUCUCACAACAGAUCUUGGCCUCUCCACGGAAAACAAGUUCCAGUCCACGGCAGACAUUACAUCGUAUAUCGAUUGGAUCCUGUCACUAUACAUAGCACAUCGAGUACUCAAGAACGAGUAUGCAAACCGGGCAGCUGUCAAGGGCAACGAGGCCAGGGUGACAAUCAUGGGCAAGGUUAGCAAGAAGGGCGCAUCGGUGAAGCGAGACGUUUCGAUCGAUUUAAGAGAUGGCAUACUGGCGUUGCACUUGGCUGACAGCAGCUUGAAGGGUUCAUCACAGGAGUCACGUUCGUGGCCUGGAAAGGGGGAAGAGGGGCCGUUGAAAGAACAGGUCAAGAGCUGGGUUGGGUGA